UGUGGUACUGAAAAUCCAUUUGUCACAGAUAAGAAAAGCCAGCUUAGGACGACAAUGACUGGGAUUGGCUCUUCAUGUGGAGCGUGCAAGUUCCUGAGGAGAAAGUGCACCAGUGAAUGCGUGUUUGCUCCUUACUUCUGUUAUGAACAAGCUGCAACCCACUUUGCAGCAGUGCACAAGGUGUUCGGUGCAAGUAAUGUUUCCAAGCUAUUAUUACACUUACCAGUACACAACCGAAGUGACGCUGCAAGCACCAUUUCUUACGAAGCUCUAGCUCGGGUGCGGGACCCUGUCUAUGGUUGUUUUGCUGAUAUCUAUGCACUCCAACAACAGGUUGCCCACUUACAAGAGGAGAUUGAAAUCCUUGGGAGCCAAAUGGCUAAUUUCGCUGUUGGUGUUGCUAGUUGUGGAAGUUCUCAAGCAACUACCAACCCAUGUAAUGGAUUACAAUUCUCAUCGCAACAUGGUGUGAUACACACACAAUACUAUCAAAAUCAACAAGCUGCACUACUUUCCCACGCAGAAAGUGCAAUUCCCAACCAAGCCUUUGAUACCCAGAUGGAUAUACCGCUCCAUCCUUUGUAUGGAUGGGAAAACCAAAACUUAUUUGAUGACUCUGGCCAAAAUCUCAUAGAGAGCCUCCUUGAGGGAAUAGAAGAAGAGAACUUCACACAUUUCCCAUGGUUGUACAACAGUACCAAUGCCAAAAACUGAGGGAGUUGCACUUUCUGCACAGGAAAGCAGUGAUUGGUUUCGAAAGAGCAGAAAGCAUGUGUUAUAUGACUCCUUUCGGCUUCCUUCGUAUGGCAACAAGUUUUGUACUAGGCCUGAUUUUGCAAUUUAAGCUGGUUUUUGAGGUGUAGGCAUAGCUUAUUCUAGUUUAAACCCUUAAUAAAUAUCCUUCUCUUCUGUACAUUAGACCCCAUUCCUUCACUUAACAACAGAUCAUAAUCAACUGGAAAAUUUUACUGUUAUAGUAUCCACCACAAGAAAUUCCGA